UCUUGAACCCCUCAAAGUCAUCCACGAGGGGCUGGACUCACCUUCUUCCAAACUCCUGUUAAGUUGCUAUGUUGACCUCUUCUCAUGAAUCACAAAUGUUCUUAAUGGCAUCUAGAAUGUGAAAGGCAAAGAACAAGAUAAGACGUCAGAUGCCAAGACAGUUAAAGCCUCAAAUCCUGUAUAUUCCCCACAAAAAAGCACUAAAAAUCAUGCCUUGCUGGAGGCUGCAGGACCAAGUCAUAUUGCAAUCAAUGCCAUUUCUGCCAACAUGGACUCCUUUUCAAGUAGCAGGACGGCAACACUUAAGAAGCAGCCAAGCCACAUGGAGGCUGCUCAUUUUGGUGACUUGGGCAGGUCUUGUCUGGACUACCAGAUUCAAGAGGCCAAAUCAAGUCUUUCAAAGACUCUUGAACAAGUCUUGCAUGACACUAUUGUCCUCCCUUAUUUCAUUCAAUUCAUGGAACUUCGGAGAAUGGAGCAUUUGGUUAAAUUUUGGUUAGAAGCUGAAAGUUUUCACUCUACAACUUGGUCCCGAAUAAGAGCAUACAGUCUGAGCACAGUGAAGCAGAGCUCAUUGGCUGAGCCUGUCUCUCCAUCUAAAAAGCAAGAAACUGCAGCACCUUUUGUAACCGAGUCUCUUGACAAGAGAUUAGAGGAUUCUGGCUCAGCCCAAUUGCUUGUGACUCAAUCAGAAGAAAGUGACCUGAAUAAUAGAACUAGCAACACCCAGAAUCGCUUGCUCCUUUCCGAGGAAUGUGACAGUGCCCAUUCUCUCCAUCUUGAAAUGGCCAGAAGAGAAGCUCAUCAAGUUUCCAUGGAAACCCAAGAAUCCUCCCCCAGACUUACAGUAGCCAGUAGAAAUAGUCUUUCUUCACCACUAAAGGAAUUAUCAGGAAAACUAAUGAAAAGUAUAGAACAAGAUGCAGUGAAUACUUUUACCAAAUAUAUAUCUCCAGAUGCUGCUAAACCAAUACCUAUUACAGAAGCAAUGAGAAAUGAUAUCAUAGCAAAGAUUUGUGGGGAAGAUGGGCAGGUGGACCCCAACUGUUUUGUUCUGGCACAGUCCGUAGUCUUUAGUGCAAUGGAGCAAGAGCACUUUAGUGAGUUUCUGCGGAGUCACCAUUUCUGUAAAUACCAGAUUGAAGUGCUGACCAGCGGAACUGUUUACCUGGCUGACAUUCUCUUCUGUGAGUCAGCCCUCUUUUAUUUCUCUGAGUACAUGGAAAAAGAAGAUGCAGUGAAUGUCUUGCAGUUCUGGUUGGCAGCAGAUAACUUCCAGUCUCAGCUUGCUGCCAAGAAGGGCCAGUAUGAUGGACAGGAGGCACAAAACGAUGCCAUGAUUUUAUAUGACAAGUACUUCUCCCUGCAGGCCACACAUCCUCUUGGAUUUGAUGAUAUUGUAAGAUUAGAAAUUGAAUCUAAUAUCUGCAGGGAAGGUGGGCCACUCCCCAACUGUUUUACAACUCCAUUACGUCAGGCCUGGACAACCAUGGAGAAGGUGUUUUUGCCUGGCUUUCUGUCCAGCAAUCUGUAUUAUAAAUAUUUGAAUGAUCUCAUCCAUUCGGUUCGAGGAGAUGAAUUUCUGGUAGGGAAUGUUUCACUGACUGCUCAUGGCUCUGUUGGUGCUCCUGACGACUCUCACCAAGGUGGUUCUGACAGCUCAGCAUCUCAGUCCAGUAUGAAAAAAGCUAGUGUUAAAAUUCUGAAAAAUUUUGAUGAAGCAAUAAUUGUGGAUGCUGCAAGUCUGGAUCCAGAAUCUUUAUAUCAACGGACAUAUGCAGGGAAGAUGACAUUUGGAAGAGUCAGUGAUGUGGGGCAGUUCAUCCGAGAAUCUGAGCCUGAACCUGAUGUAAAGAAAUCAAAAGGAUCCAUGUUCUCACAAGCUAUGAAGAAAUGGGUGCAAGGAAAUACUGAUGAGGCCCAAGAAGAGCUAGCUUGGAAGAUUGCUAAGAUGAUAGUUAGUGACGUUAUGCAGCAAGCGCAGUAUGAUCAGCCAUUAGAGAAGUCUACGAAGCUAUGACUCAAUCCCUGAGAUAAAGGAAAUCUGCUUUUGAAAAAUAA